AUGAGAUCCGAUGUUGAAAAGGACCAAAGUUUCGGUUGUUCGAGAGAAACGAACCAGGGAUUAUGUGCUCGAAGGGUCUAUUCCUUCAACGAUAAGGAUGCAGAAGGCAUCAUUCAGCCCUACAAUGGUGCUUUGGUAAUUUCUAUUCUUAUUUUUAAAUCUCAAGUUAAAUGUAUUUUGAUUGAUCUAGGUAGUUCGACUAAUAUUAUUCGAUGGAGAGUUGUAGAACAACUUGGUCUAUUGGAUCAGAUCAUACUGGCGGCUCGGGUUCUCAGUGGAUUCAACAUGGCAAGUGAAACUACUAAGGGGGAAAUAUCUUUGCCGGUAAACAUUGCCGGGACUAUUCAACAAACGGUGUUCUAUGUCAUCGAAGGUGAGAUGAAAUGCAACGCGUUGCUCGGCAGACCGUGGAUUCAUAGCUUGAGGGCGGUAGCCUUAACAUUACAUCAAAUGUUGAGAUUCCCGACCUCAGAAGGGCUAAAAACGGUCAGUGGUGAGCAACUCGCAGCAAGGGAGAUGUUCGCAGUCGAAAAAGCACCCUCACUCAAAAGGAACCGUUCUUGA